ACUGUAAACGGAGGUAAUAUAAGCGGGGCCUUUGUAAUGCCGUCCUCACUGGCCCUCGGUGGUAGCUUCAGUCAGCCAUUUCUCCUUCCUUCGGCGGGUGGUCCACACACCAGCGAACUUGAAAGACCAUGGAUUCUCUAGAACCAGAUCAGAUCGAUGCCCUCAGGAAGGCCUUCGACUCCUUCGACACAGAGAAGCAGGGCUUCAUCACCGCCGACACCGUCGGCACCAUCCUGAGGAUGAUGGGAGUCAAGAUCUCCGAGAAGAACUUGGCUGAAGUUAUCGCUGAAACUGAUGAAGACGGCUCUGGCCAGAUUGAGUUCGAGGAGUUCAUUGAGCUUUCUGCCAAGUUCCUGAUUGAGGAGGACGAGGAAGCUCUGAAGGCCGAACUUAAGGAAGCCUUCCGUAUCUACGAUAAGGAGGGCAACGGCUUCAUCACCACCGACGUCCUGAGGGAGAUUCUGACCGAGAUCGACAACAAACUGACUCCUGAGGAUCUCGACGGCAUCAUUGAGGAAGUCGACGAGGACGGUUCCGGAACCCUCGACUUCGACGAAUUCAUGGAGAUGAUGAGCGGCUGAGCGAGAUGCCGCAUCACCUGCUGACGUCCAUCAAUCACAUUCAUCCUCCUCCUCGAUCGCCCUGUCUGAUCAUUCACCUGAGAUAAGGAUUAAUGUUUAAGGAAAAAUCUAUAGAUCUCGUAUUUUACAAGCUCUCGUGAAUUUCCUCUUCGGGUUGGCAGCUAAGAACUUUGUUAAUUUUUUAUAUUGUGAACGGUGAGAAUCUCUCUUCCUCGAGGUGAAGCGUUGCUGAAUAUUCAUAAAAGUGAAAUAUUGUGAUACAACAUUCAUUUUUCUGAUAUGAUCUUCGCCUGGUACUCUGGAAGAGAAAAAAGGGUUUUCUAAGUGUAGCCUGCCUUUGAAUAUCAGUCGGUGUCUGUAUUCAUAAUUUAACUGGUCUACUAAAAGUGUUUCAUUAUUUGCUAACCGUGGAAAUGAAAAAAAAAAAAAGAAAACAUGACUUUAGAGACCUAUUUUCCAACCUUGACAUACGACUGUGAACUUGUAAUAAAUCUUGAUAAGAUAUAA